AUGGCUGCUCCACGGUACACAAUUGUGCCACCGGAAACAGUAGUUCCACGGUCUGAAAUUCAGGAACGAUUACGCGGCAUGAACUAUGAUCUGUUGCUUCAGUUGAUUUCGCCGAACGAAGUUGCGGUGGAGUUUGCGGCGCGAUUCAAUCUCAUUCCGAACUCGAUGAAUUGUAGGCGUUGCGGUGCGCAGAUGUUCCUAUGGAGCAGAAACGGGCUAGACGGUUAUCAGGUUGUUCUUUUCUCUCUGUCGUGA